GAUUGCUAGAAAACUCAAAAUGGCGGACGAUGAGGAGCUAAAAGUCAUGAAACUUGAAUUUGAUUGGCUUUUAAAGGAGCAUUUACCAAAAGUCCUCAAUCAAAUGGAUGCCAUCUUGCAGGAGUGCCUUAAAUGGCUCCAAUUUUCAAGUUUGUCUAGCAAUCCACAAGGUUUGUUUGGGGAAGAUAUGGGACACCCCAAACCACAAGAUUAUUUUAUGUUAUCUACACCAAGUGCAGAUUUACUGAAGGGUUAUGUAGCAGUGGAAGGAGAUGACAUCUCCAAAGGAGAUUUAAAAUUCAAAUUACCAAAAGUUUCAACCUCUGGGUUUAGAGUUUUUAUCAGAGAAAAUCAUCCAUGGAAACUUCAACAAAUUCAAGAUGCUGUCAAUUACCUCAAACUUUCUUCUGAAAAGGUCCAGGAAAUGCGGAAUAUUACCUGUUCUCCAUCUGGAAGAGAAGUCAGUAAGAUUGUUGAUGACAUCGCAAAUUGUCUUGCAAAAGGCAAGAAUUGUUUGAUGGUCCCCAAGAAGAUAUCGGUGUUAGAUAUCCUAAAUUCAAGUAACCAAAAAUCCUUCAAACCAAAUCUACCUGAUGAAGUUGUAGCUCAUUUUUACAUCAACAGCGAUAAAYUAAUGUUAUCAGUCUUUACUUUGUCAAUACUUCCUGUUCCACCUCAAAAUCCUAAACAAGUUCCAGAAGCUGAUCAGACUGGACAUACUUUUGAACACAAUUCAAAGUGGAUGGAAAUWAGCAGUCAUUUUGAGGUUGAUUGCAGUAUUCCCAGAUUGAAAGACAGUGUUCUACUCUUUACAGCAGCACUACAAAUAUGUCAACAAUUGAAGGAUAAAAUUCUUGCCUUCAGCAUUUUAGAUUCAAGAUGAAUUAUCAAAAUUCAACUCUAAUGAGGAUAAUUUGUAAAUAAAUYAUAAUUCAAUAUCAUAUAUUUCAAUAUCUAAUAAUACCAGUAAUAACAUAUUCCACCAAACAUUUACUGAAAAAAUAAUUGAAAUAAUUUUGUGGAAGGGAAUUUUUUAGCUUGUACAAAAACUCAAUUCAUAUGUAAUAUGAUAAAUAUAGAAAUAAAUUGAUUAUA